AUGGAGACAUACUUCGAAGUCACCUGUGAGACUGUGCCUGGAGAAUCGGUGGCGGUCUGCGGCAGUGGAACGGCGCUGGGCGAGUGGUCCGUGGCCAACGCCCUGGAGCUGGAUGCGGGAGACUAUCCCAUCUGGAAGGGGCACAUCAGCAGCAACGAAGCCAUCGAGUUCAAAUAUUUGAUUGUGAAAAAGCAAGGGCAGAACGAGUGGAGUUUGGUGCGCUGGGAAGGGGACUUCGCCAAUCGCCGCUGUGAAGCCGCAGGGCGAAUACGAACACUGCGUCAUCGUUUUGGGGACAGUUCCUACGAAUCCAAAGAGAUCAUCGAAGCCGAGCCUGAAACUCCCAGCAGUCCCAAACCACAGCUGCCUUCAGCUGCGGUCGCACGGAAGGAGUCUGGCAUCUUGAAGGACAUCCCCGUGGAUCCGGCGGUCCGACUCACCCGUUUGGUGCGCAGUCGCUCCGGCGGGCGCUUCGAGGAGUCCUAUGAACUGCGACCGGGAGACGUGUUGGGCACAGGAAUGUCUGGUGGAGUCAUUGUGGGCAAGAACAAGACGCCUGGAGUAGAGGUGGCAAUUAAGACUUUGCCACUGGACAAAUCGAAGGAAGAACAUAUCAAGGCGGAGAUCCAGCAUCAACUGGCCAUGGACCAUCCCAACAUUUGUCGCUUGUUGGAGGUCUAUGAGGAACCAACACGCUUGCUGCUGGUGAUGGAAAAACUCAACGGACCGGAUUUGUUUGAUGCCUUCGCAAAAAAGCGACGAUACACCGAGAAAGAUGCCGUGGAGGUAGUGCGUCAAAUCUUGAGUGCGGUGGGGUACUGCCAUCGCAACGGUGUGUGCCACCGGGAUUUGAAGCUUGAGAAUUUCUGCCUGGAAGAUGAUUCAGAGAACGCUCGAAUCAAGAUGAUUGAUUUCGGGCUGGCGCAUAGCAUCGAUGAGUUUCCCAUGACCGACUCCUGUGGUACUCUGUACUACGCGGCUCCCGAAGUUCUACGAGGCAACUACACAGAACAGUGUGACAUGUGGUCCCUGGGCAUCUUGACCUACAUUCUGCUGGAUGGCCGGGCUCCCUUCAUGGGAAGGAAUGAUCGGCAAACCUACCGCUUGAUCUUACAAGGAGAGUAUCGUUUCGCAGAAGAUCGAUGGGGCAAUGUCACACAGAAUGCGAAGGACUUCAUUGGGAAACUCUUUCAGGUCGAUCCCUCCAAGCGCAUGACCGCUGAGGAAGCGAUGGCUCAUCCCUGGUUGGCCAGCGGAACAGCUCCAGGGGCACCAGCGGUGGAAUUGGAUGCGAGUAUCUUGGACGGUCUCAAAGCUUUCACACGAAGUAACGAAGUGAAACGCGCUGUGCUCUCGGCCAUAGCUCCGAUGGCAUCAGUGGAGCAAGUCCGCAAAUGGGCCGAUCAAUUCGAAGCACUGGAUGAAAACGGCACAGGACAGAUCAAGGUGAAGGAUCUGGUACAGAAGGUGGCUCAGAGCGAAGGCCAAGCUGAAAGAAUCAGCGAGGUUUUGAAGUUGACAGCUGAUGCCUCACAAGAGAUCUCGUAUUCCGCCUUCCUGGCGGCGUGUUUGUUUCAACAUCACUCCAACUUGGAAGAGGAUCACCUUCGAGAGCUCUUCCAAAAGCUGGACAAGGACAAGAAAGGCAAGGUGACAGUGGAGGAGAUGUCAAAGGCCUUGGAUGGGAUCGUGGACCUGGAGGGAUUGGAGAGCGACUUCGGUUCACGCGCCCUUUCCUUCACAGACUUCCGCUGGCUGUUGCAACGACCUCUGACACCAUCCUCCCUAGUGGGGCUCCGUCAAUUGCUGGGUCUCUAUGAGGACAGUGGCAUUGCAAAGAGCUGGCGUGUCGACACGGUCCGCGCCAAGACGGGAGAGGAAUCCUUCGAAGCGGCACGACGAGAGAAUGCCGCCUGGCGCCAGUGGCAUCGUGCGCGGCUGCGCGGAGAAGCUGAACCGGAUCUGGAAGAGAUGAAGGGCUAUUCGGCCCCAGGCGUGAUCUCGCCGGCCGUGCCCAGUGUGCCAAGCAGCGCCAAUGGAACCCAUGGUGUGUCGCCCAUCAGCUUGUCGCCAGUGGAGUUGCUUCCCCCCGGUUCCAAGCCUCCAAGUCGAUCGGCAAGCCGAAACAACAGUAAAGCGCCUACGCCUUGUGCCAGUCCCCGGGACACCGAGUCGGAGGUCCCCGACAAGUCGCCGCACACCGAGUUCAUCUGGGCGCCGAAAGACGUGGGAAACGGAGGAUUUACCCAGCAAAACAUGAGGGAUUCAGCUCAAAAUAGGAAUUUGACCACCAAGACCAUCCAGUCAGUGUCCAAAAUAUUCUAG